AAGAAAAAAACUUUUUGUAUCGGAGGAAUCAACAGCCGCCAUCUUGACGCGGCUCAGAAUCAGGAUUUUGGGAGAGCAUUAUUUUUUAGACCGAAACGAGCCAUUUAGACCGUGCUCAAACGGCUUUAUUCUGCAGAAAAUCGAAGUCUUUAUUCCUUCGGAGAUAAUUGUUGAGAAAAAACGAGGAUUGGAUCAGUUUUUGUCGUCUAGAGAGCCCCUCGUAUAUUUGAUUUCCCCUUCAGAGAGCGCCGCUUCUCCGUAUCUCCGUUCCGAGACGAUGCAUUUAUCGAGAGACAGUAUCGAGAAAAAUACAUCGGCGCAUACAAAAUAUUUUUGGAAAUUUCUUGUCUUUAUUGGAGGCGAAAAUUGAAUUUAAGGCUGUUAAUUUGGACCGGGAAAAGACGCUUAUUUAAAGAUGCCCAUCUAGGGAUUUAUGGAGAAAGGGACUUGAAUCCACACUAUAUACUUUUUUUUGCUACUAUUUUAAUUUAUUUUUCGUGAACCGAAAUAUUUUUUGCCCAUAAUUAUUAACGAUAAUUAUGUGGGUGUUGGGUGUUGGAUUAUCAUGGGGUGAUUGUCAGCGGCGAAGCGUGGCGCUGUUGCCUUUAUUUUGAAACAUUCUACUCGGCUGACUAGUGCAAGCAUUUUUCUAUCUUGCCAGCUAGUUGGUUAAAUACCCCAUACGUGGGGUGUGAGUAAGAAAGAAGAUUGUUGCCAUAAAAAAAAUCUAGCUGGAAGGAGUCAAAUUUCAUUUUGCAUCAUUAUUUAGUGAUCAUUCUUACCGAUCAGAAUGGCUGAGAAUUUGCUGGACGUCGGACCUCCCAACGCAAAGCGACCGAAACUCAAUUCACCUGCGCUUUCAGCGUCAGAUGGUCCAGACCUGGUGUCGCUGUUCGACCUGGAGAAUGACCUCCCAGACGAGCUGAUCCCCAACGGGGACCUGGGUGGCCUGAUGGGCAUGCCCUCCAACGGUGCCCCUGGUGGGGGGGGAGGAGUGCCUGGAGGAGGUCCCCGGGGCCUGGGCUCCAUGGUCCCUGAUGCUGCCGCCAAACACAAGCAGCUGUCUGAGCUCCUGAGAGCGGGCGGUGCUGGGUCCGGUGGCAUGGGCCCCAUGAUGGGGAAAGUCCCCAUGGGCCAGGGCUCGCCCAACCAAGCCCAGAAAGGAAGCCCCGCCAGCGGACAACAAGGCAACGGCUCCAUGGCGGGCUUCAACCAGGCUAUGAUGAACAGCCAUGGACACGGGAUGCCGGGCCAGGUGAUGAACGGGGCCCUGGGACCGGCAGGACGGGGCAGGCUGGGGCUGCAGCAGUACCAGGUCCAGGCCAUGCAGGGUGCUGGAGGGGGCGUGGGGCCGGGAGGCAGCAGUGUGCUGGCUGAGACUCUGGCUCAGGGAGGAGGGCAGAUGGGAGCUCACAACACCAUGAACGCCCAGCAGGCGAGCAACAUGAAUAAGAUGGGUAUGGCUGGCAGUCCUUUUGGGCAGCAGUACGGUCAGGGCGGGGCCCAGCAGCAGAUGGGGGUGAACGCCCAGCAGCAGCUCCGGAACAAGGCAGCCCUUGCCAACAGCCUGCCCCCCUUCCCCAGUGACCUGAAAGGGGCCAACAGCCUGCCCCCCUUCCCCAGUGACCUGAAAGGGGCCAGCAGCAUGCCAAACCUGGCCCAGAUGCAGCAGGUAUCCUCCAUGGUCCCUGGCGGUGGGGUGUCUGCAGCGACGGCGAGCCACACGGCCGACCCAGAGAAGCGCAAGCUCAUCCAGCAACAGCUGGUCCUGCUGCUCCACGCCCACAAGUGCCAGCGGCGGGAGCAGGCCAAUGGGGAGGUGCGGGCCUGCGCCCUGCCACACUGCCGCACCAUGAAGAACGUCCUCAACCACAUGACUCACUGCCAGGCCGGCAAGUCCUGCCAGGUGGCUCACUGUGCAUCGUCCAGACAGAUAAUUUCUCACUGGAAGAACUGCACGCGGCAUGACUGUCCCGUCUGCCUGCCGCUGAAGAACGCCAGCGACAAAAGGAACCAGCAGCCCAUGCUGGGUUCGCCCGGCGCCAGCCUGCAGAGUGCCAUCAAUGCCACGGUGGGCACAGGCCCUCCCGGUAGCUCCCCGGGUUCCUCCAUGAACAGUGGCGGGGUCAGCAGCGGGCACAUUGACCCCAGUUCCAUGCAGCGGGCCUACGCUGCCCUGGGCCUGCCCUAUGGUAACCAGUCCCCUGCUCAGGGACAGGGAGGACCUGGAGGACAGAACACAGCCCAGGGAGGGCAGCAGCUACGCUCCAUCAAUGCACUAGGCACUAACAUGAACAUGGCCGGAGGAGGGGUGGGCGUGCCCUCAGAGACCGGCAUGCUCUCGGACUCAUCACUCCCCUCGUCGCUCAACAAUCAGUUGAUGCCAGACGGGUUGGGCAUGGGGGGCAUGGGCAACCUGCCGGGCGCCAACCCUCUCUCUGCCUCUGGGGUGAGGAAGACGUGGCACGAGCACGUCACUCAGGACCUACGCACCCACCUGGUGCACAAACUAGUACAAGCCAUAUUCCCCACCCCAGACCCCGCAGCACUGAAGGAUCGGCGGAUGGAGAACCUGGUGGCGUACGCUAGGAAGGUGGAAGGGGACAUGUACCAGUCUGCCAACAGCAGGGACGAGUAUUACCACUUCCUGGCGGAGAAGAUCUAUAAGAUCCAGAAGGAGUUGGAGGAGAAGAGGCGCUCGCGGCUCCAGAAGCAGCCUGGCCCCAUGGCAGUGGGGGGCCCAGGGGCCCAGCAGCAGCCUGGCAUGCCCCCUCAGCCGAACUCCAUGGGUCCUGGCCAGUCCCCACGGCCAGCCAAUGGAUCUGUGCCUAUGCCCAAUGUGCCAAAUCAGAUCAUGCCCCGCAUGCAGGUGUCUCAAGGAAUCAAUCAGUUCAACCCCAUGGCAAUGCAGAACGUGCAGAUGUCCCAGGCGCCCAUGGGGGCCCGCGCCGCCUCGCCGAUGAACCACUCGCAGCAGAUGAACAUGAGCUCUGUCCCAGCGAUGGGCAUGUCCCCAUCCAGGAUGCCCCAGGUGCAAGGCAUGAUGGGACAGCACGCCAACAGCAUGGUGGGACAGACAGCCAAUCAGAGCCAGUUCAUGCCCCAGAGCCAGUUCUCUCCCAACACCGCCCCUGGCGGGGGUAUGAUUAUGAACAACCUGGGCUCCCUCGGCCAGCCGCAAGCACAGGCAGCUGUCACUCAGCUGUCCCAGGCGCCAGCCAGUAUAGAUAACCGCAUGCCCACCCCAGGCUCGGUGGCAGAGGUCCACUCCCAACAGGCCCCACCAGACAUGGCCCAAACGGAGCACAAAGCCGAGCUCAAAGACGAGGAGGACGAGGAGGACGACGACUGUGGCUCCGGGAAAAAGCAACCCAGCGACUUCAAAAUGGAGGACGAAGACCAAAAAGACACCAAACCCCUCACGGUCAAGGAGGAGGAGCCAGACGGGGCGGAACCUAAGCAGGAGCCAAUGGAGACAAAGGAGGAGAAGCCGGAGAUUAAGAAUGAACCCAAAGAGGAGGAGGAGGGCGGGGUCAACGGCACUUCAGUGUCCACCUCCCCCACCCAGAACCGCAAAAAAAUCUUUAAGCCAGAGGAGCUUCGCCAGGCCCUGAUGCCCACACUAGAGGCCCUCUACAGACAGGACCCAGAGUCUCUGCCCUUCAGACAGCCUGUCGACCCCAUGCUGCUGGGCAUCCCCGACUACUUUGACAUAGUGAAGAAACCUAUGGACCUGUCCACUAUAAAGCGUAAGCUGGACACGGGUCAGUACCAGGAACCCUGGCAGUAUGUGGAAGACAUCUGGGUCAUGUUCAACAACGCCUGGAUCUACAACCGCAAGACGUCCCGCGUCUACAAGUACUGCUCCAAACUGGCCGAGGUGUUUGAGCUGGAGAUAGACCCUGUCAUGGUCAGCCUGGGCUACUGCUGUGGCAGGAAGUUUGAGUUCUCACCCCAGACCCUCUGCUGCUAUGGCAAGCAGCUGUGCACCAUCUCCAGAGACGGAACCUACUUCAGCUACCAGAACAGGUAUCACUUCUGUGAGAAGUGCUUCAACGAGAUCCAGGGCAAUAGCGUCACCCUGGGAGACGACCCGGCACAGCCACAGACUAUGAUAUCUAAAGACCAGUUUGAAAAGAAGAAAAAUGACAUGUUGGAUCCAGAACCGUUUGUUGAAUGUAAAGACUGUGGACGGAAGAUGCACCAGAUCUGUGUGCUGCAUUAUGAUGUCAUCUGGCCAUCGGGCUUCAUUUGCGACAUCUGUCUGAAGAAGUCCGGCAAGACGAGGAAAGAGAACAAGUUCGCUGCCAAAAGGCUACAGACGACGAGGUUGGGCAUGUACAUCGAGGACCGGGUGAAUAAGUACUUGAAGAGGCAGAACCACCCUGAGGCCGGGGAGGUGUUUGUACGGGUGGUGGCUAGCUCCGACAAAAAUGUUGAAAUCAAACCUGGCAUGAAAUCUAGGUUUGUGGACUCGGGUGAAAUGCAGGAGACCUUCCCUUACAGAACCAAAGCACUUUUUGCAUUUGAGGAGAUUGACGGUGUGGACGUGUGUUUCUUCGGUAUGCACGUCCAGGAGUACGGUUCCGAGUGCGCCUUCCCCAACACCAGACGGGUUUACAUAUCGUAUCUGGACAGUAUUCACUUCUUCAAGCCCCGGGCGUUGAGGACGGCAGUCUACCAUGAGAUCUUGAUAGGGUACCUGGAGUACGUUAAGAAACUGGGCUAUGUGUAUGGUCAUAUCUGGGCGUGCCCCCCCAGUGAAGGGGACGACUACAUCUUCCACUGCCACCCGCAGGACCAGAAGAUCCCCAAGCCCAAGAGGCUGCAGGAGUGGUACAGGAAGAUGCUGGAGAAGGCCUUUGCAGAGAGGAUCCUCCAUGAUUUCAAGGACAUCUUCAAGCAGGCCACGGAGGACCGUAUUACCAGUGCCAACGAGAUGCCCUACUUCGAAGGGGACUUCUGGCCCAACGUGCUGGAGGAGAGCAUCAAGGAGCUGGAGCAGGAGGAGGAGGAGAGGAAGAAGGAAGAGAAUGUGGCCUCCUGUGAGACCCCCGAGCACACUGCUGACAGCAAAAACGCCAAGAAGAAGAACAACAAGAAGACCAAUAAAAACAAGAGCAGCGUGAGCCGAGCCAAUAAGAAGAAGCCUGGCAUGCCCAAUGUAGCCAACGACCUGUCCCAGAAGCUCUACUCCACCCUGGAGAAACACAAGGAGGUGUUCUUUGUGAUCCACCUGCACGCGGGACCCUCGGUCAACACCCUCCCCCCUAUCAUGGAUCCAGACCCCCUGCUGACCUGCGACCUGAUGGACGGCCGCGACGCCUUCCUCACCCUAGCCCGGGACAAGCACUGGGAGUUCAGCUCUCUGCGGAGGUGCAAGUGGAGCACCAUGUGUAUGUUGGUGGAGCUGCACAACCAGGGCCAGGACCGCUUCGUCUACACCUGCAACGAGUGUAAACACCACGUGGAGACGCGCUGGCACUGCACCGUCUGUGAGGACUUUGACCUAUGCAUCAACUGCUACGCUGCCAAGGGCCACGAGCACAAGAUGGUUAAGUGGGGCCUCGGGCUGGACGACGACAGCAACGGAGCGGGCGGUGCCGGGGGCGAGGCCUCCCAGAGUCCGCAAGAAUCCCGCCGCCUCUCCAUCCAACGCUGCAUCCAGUCCCUGGUCCACGCCUGUCAGUGCCGCAACGCCAACUGCUCGCUGCCCUCCUGCCAGAAGAUGAAGCGCGUGGUGCAGCACACCAAAGGUUGCAAGAGGAAGACCAACGGCGGCUGCCCCGUGUGCAAGCAGCUCAUCGCCCUGUGCUGCUACCACGCCAAACACUGCCAGGAGAACAAGUGUCCUGUGCCCUUCUGUCUGAACAUCAAGCACAAGCUGAGGCAGCAGCAGCUCCAGCACCGCUUACAACAGGCUCAGAUGAUGAGGAGAAGAAUGGCCACUAUGGCCGGGCGUGGAAUGGCACCUCAGAGCCUGCCGUCGCCACCUACCUCAGCCACCCCCGGCACCCCCACCUCGGGCGGACAGACCCCCCAGCACCCCACCCACACCCCCCAGGCCUCCUUACCCAUCAGCCAGCCCCAGCAGCAGCCGCCCCCCAACGUGACAGCUGGCAUGGCCCAGCAACAACCCGGCUUUCCCAACAACGGGCGCACCAGCCAGCCGCCAACGCCGGUUCCACAAGGGGGAAAGCCGGGUCCCCAGUCUUCCCCCCUACAUCAGGUGCAGUCGCCCCUGCCCAACUACCCAACAUGACCCCCCCAACAACAACAGAUUCCCCAACAACAACAACCGCCCCCGCUGGCCGCUCUGAAGAUGGCCCGGCACAUAGAGAUGGUGGCCAAGGCCAAGCAGCAGCAGCAGCAGCAACAACAGAACUACAACAUGAACAUGCCCAACGGUGUGCCCAUGAACCACCCCCGCAUGGUGGGGCCUAUGCAAGGCCAGAUGGGGCCAGGGCAGAUGCAGCAGAUGAUGGGGCCCCGGGGCCCCCAAGUGAUGCAGGCCAUGCAGCAGGGCCAGUGGGGCCCCCAGGGGGGGAUGCAGCAGAACCCCCUCCAGAACCCCCAAGCGGUCCAACAACAGCAGCAAGGCCUACCCCAGCAAGGUGGCCCCAUGGCCCCCCAACAGGCUCAGGGAAACUCCACUCAGUUGAUGCAGCAGCGGCCCAUGAUGCAGCAGCAGCCCGGCCUUCAGAUGCCCGGGGGGGUCCACAUGCCCCCCCAGGGUCCUCCUCAGCAGCAGAGCAUGACGCCACAGCAACAAGGGGGCAUGCCCCGGGGCAUCCCGGGAAACAUCGCCCCCAAUGCCCUGCAGGACCUCCUGAGGACCCUCAAGUCGCCCAGCUCUCCCCAGCAGCAGCAGCAGGUGCUCAACAUCCUCAAGUCCAACCCCCACCUCAUGGCCGCCUUCAUCAAGCAGCGCACAGCCAAGUACCAGGCAAGCCAACUACCGGGCCAGCAGCAGCAGCAGAACCCCCAACAACAACAGCAGAACCCCCAGGCGAUCCUGGGAGGCCAAGCUGGGAUGCAGGCCAUGGCUGCUGCCAUGCAGGCCGGGGCAGUGCAGCAGAGGCCAGGGGUGGGCAUGCCCCCCCAGCAGCAGCAGCCUGGCCCUCAGCAGGUUGGUGUCCCCCAGGGUAUGGCCGCCAUGGGCCCACAGGGACAACAGCUGAUGAACGCCGCCGCACACAACGGCAACCCCCAGCUCUACCGCAGGCAGCUGCUCCGGAUGCAACAGAUGCAGCAGCAGCAGCAGCAGCAGCAGCAGCAACAACAACAACAACAACAGCAACAACAACAACAACAGCAAGGAGCCAUGCCCCAGGGCCUUCCAAGCCAGUUCCCCCAGCAGCAGGGAGGAGCAGCCAGCUACUCCCAGCUCCGCAUGCAGCAGCAGAGGGCCAUGCAGCUCCCCCCCAUGGCCCAGAUGGGGCAGCCCGGCAUGGGCAUGGACGGGCCCCAGGCCCAGAACCUCCUCCAGCAGAGGAUGCUCCAGCAGCAACAGCAGAUGCUAAAGCAGCAGAUGGGCUCUCCAGCCCAGGCCAACUCCAUGAGCCCCCAGCCCCACAUGCUCCAAGGACAGCCUCAGGGAGGAGCUCACCUGCCUGGCCAGGCGAUGGGCAACGUCCUGGGCAAUCAGGUUAGGUCUCCAGCCCCGGUGCAGUCGCCCCACCCUCCCGCACAGCAGCCCCCACAUUCCAGCCCCUCCCCCCGGAUACAGCCCCAUCCCUCACCCCAGCACACCAACCUCCACUCCGGUUCACCCCACCCCAGUCUGGGCGGCCUCAUGCCAGGCUCCAUGGACCAGGGACACAUGGGCACGCCCGAGCAGAGCGCCAUGCUCCCGCAGCUCAACACGCCCAGCCGUGGCAGGCUUAGCAAUGACUUGAAUAUGGUGGGCGACACCACAGGAGACACACUCGAGAAGUUUGUUGAAGGAUUGUAGCAUUUUGUGACGAGACUUGUUUGGUUUUCUCGGUUUUCCACAAAUAACUUUUUGUACUGACUGCUAUGUAAAGAGAUGAGGCCUAAGGACUGUGAACCUUUCCUUAAACCAAGGGACUGCUAUUUCUUCCAACAAAACGGAGGAAUUUGAAUAAUUAUUGCUGUUUAAAGAGGAGAAUGGGGGGGGGAAACACAUAUUUUGGGGUUCAGACCAGCCAUGAAAAUAAUGUUGUUUUAAUUUGUAUUAUUAUUUGUUUUAUGUCUCUGGUAUGUACUUUAAUGACACCUUCUCAAAACGAGUCUUUCAUUUUAUUUUUCAAUGUUUUUAUUUUGUACCUUUGCAAAAAAAAUCAUAGCGUUUUUGUGUUGAGAAGAUUGUAACAUAAUUUUGUCUGAACUUUUUGUGCCAGGUUUUGCAUCUUUGCUCCCUCUUCAUUCCUGGCUAAUUUAUUAUUAUAAUGUACCAUUUUUUCAAAAAAGGGCACAUGCCUUUAGGUGAGACUUAUUUACUUUCCGUACUGCAGAAGAGUCCUUGUGGGAUAUUAACGUAUUUGUAUAGAGCUAGGAACUAUCGCACACCCAAACACCACGUUCAGGUGUGAACAACUGACUCUCUCAAAUGCUCCUUCAUCCACAGCUGCCGGAAUGUUCGUUUUCUACUGGCUUGGAACCAGUAUUUCUGUCCUCCAGAUGUUGGACAUCUUUGUUUCUUUGUUUAUCCUUCAAUCUGAAGUCUUGAUUCCCCCCCCCCCGGGCUUAACUGUGGCGUGGGGUGUACCUUUUGGACUGCUUGCUGAUUUGUGAUUGGAGAGUGUUCUGUGCAUCUUUUUUUCCUCUUGCAUUAAACUUGAAUUGAGGUGAAACUGUUCACUGUUGUAAAUCAUGCAGGUUGACAAUGUAAAUAUGCAGAAAAAGAAUGAAUCACUGUACAAACUGAUUAAAAAUGACUCAUUUCGUACUUAUAUACCAUAUUGUUAAAUAAACUGUGUGCAAACAGACAA